AUGGAGAAAUUACACAGAAUUUGGUGGCAAGAAGAAGUAAUCGAGAAAUAUAAAGUACUUCAAAAAUUCCUUUAUUCUCGUCUAUUACUUGUCGUCUCGUUUUGGGUUGUUCUUUGAGUUGCUCAAAUUGCAGUUCCUAUUAAAUGAUUGAGGCUUGAGUCUAUUCAUUUUGUAUAUGGGAUCUCUCAACUUGCCACUUGUUUUCUUGUAAAAUUAGUUGAAAAUAAAGAGGAACGAUGAAAAUCAAUUUUAGCUGUCAUACUUGCUGAAUGCAACUGUAUUGGCUGGUGAGUAAUGGGUUUGUAUGGAUACAAGUCUUCGAGGGUUUUGCUUUCAAAUCUUUCGCUUACUUGCAUAAAUAUUUGCGAGUGGCCUUUUAUUCAUGCUUCAUGGUUAAGAAUUUUAAUACUUUGCAAGCAUUUACUACUUUGACAUUAUAUUGGGUAUUAUUAUGGAGAAAUAGAAAACACUGGAGAUACAAUGCCUCAUCUUAUGGCUUUUAUGAUCAUUAUUUUAUGCGAUAACCAUUGUAGUCUUCAAAGGAAAAACUCUUUUGAGAGAUUUAUUUCAAGAAAAAAUCUUGAAAAUGCAGAAAAGAGGCUUAGUGUAAUUUUCAAUUUGUUUCCAGAUGGAUUUUUAAUAUUAUCCAAAGAAAAGCUUAUUCUUUAUUCCAAUCAAAUUUUAACGACCCUUUUAUUGUGCAAUUUGAACCAAGUAAUUCAAAAACUCACAAGUAUUGAAUAUUCCCAAGACAAAAAAUAUUCCCAUCUAUCAAAUUCCAAUAAACUUAUUGACGAUAUAAACUUGGUGCAUAAUUUACAAAUAAAUCAGCAGGUGAUUUUAGGUUUAAGCCAAUCACAAAACAUGAAUUUAGAAUGAAAAGCACAAAAGAUUUUAUGAGAUGAAGGAGAAGAAGCAACCCUAUUAAUAGUAGCAAAUGCAAACCACAUCAUUGAACUAGAACAAACCAUAUCAGACAACAAAUUAAAAAAUGUCCUCCUGAGGUCAGUUUCACAUGAGUUGAGAACUCCUCUUAACGCUAUUAUUUCUUUAUCAAACUCCCUUUCUAACGAAAGAGAAAUCGCUAUAAAUAAAGAAAUGAACACAAAAUUAAACAUCAUUUCAGUUUCUUCAAAACUUCUCCUUUCACUGGUAAACGAUUUAUUGGAUUAUUCAAGGUUCUUAGCUGGUGCUUUUUCUAUACAAAAAUCAAUGUUCUUGAUAAGAAAUGCAAUAUAUGAAGCUGUACAGUUAGUAAAGCUGCAAGCCGAUCAAAAAAAAUUGAAAAUAUUUGUUAGGAUUGAUCCGAAUAUCCCUGAUAGUUGCUAUUCAGAUUCAUUAAGAUUAAGCCAAAUUUUGCUUAAUUUAUUGUCAAAUGCUCUGAAAUUUACAUUUGAAGGAUAUAUUGAGGUCUGCUGCUUAUUAAAUUCAACUGGCAAGGUGCAAAUAAUAGUAAACGAUACUGGAAUAGGCAUUGAGAAUUCUAGAAUGUCAAAUAUUUUUAAAGAAUUUAACACACUUACAAACCCAAUAAUAAAUCCGUCAGGAUGUGGACUAGGGCUUUUUAUAUCUAAUUUAAUUGCUAAAGAGCUUGGAAAUGAGCCAAUCAAAGUUCAAUCAGCUCCAGGAAAAGGAUCAUCUUUCUGCUUUUUUGUUGAUAUUUUUGAAGAAAACCCAUCUAUCGAAAAUGCGAAUUUUGAAGAAUUACCUGAAUAUUUAGUACCAGAAGAGGCACCUUCUAUAAAAAUUAAAGAUUUUAACGAAUAUAUAGAAAAAGAAUAUCCAAAAGUUUUAAUUGUUGAUGACAAUGAUUUCAAUAGAAUUGCUCUUGGAGAUUUAUUACGUCAUUAUGGGAUUUUGUAUGAUGAGUCUUGCACUGGAAAGCAAGCUGUAAAAAAAGUAGAGGAAGCUAAUGGAAAGAAUAAACCAUAUAAAGUCGUCGUGAUGGAUGGCAGCAUGCCUGAAUUAAAUGGCUGAGAUGCAACGAAAUUGAUUUAUCAAUUGUUUUAUGAAGGAAAGAUUCUGAUUUUGCCUAGCAUUAUUGGAUAUACUGCUUUUACCUCUGAAAUGGAUAUUUCACUAUGCAUAAAUGCAGGCAUGAAAGAAUGUCUGAUAAAACCCUGCAAUCCAGGAGUUUUAAUUGAAAAAGUAUCAAAAUACUUAUCUUUAUAA